AUGGACGCAUGUCUCAGCUCUGCGCCUCAGCACCAGGGUCUGGGAGAAGCCAUGAGCCACGACUGGUUAGAAGCCCCGGAGGUGGGGGCUUUCCAGGAAAGUGACUCCGGGGGACCCCCAGGAGGUAUGCAGACCAGCUCUGCCGUGGCAGUGGGGAUGCUAGAAUUUGGGGUACUUGAAACCACCAUAGGAUGGCCCCUGUUGACUGUGACUCCAUUUCCCGGGGGACAUGCGUGUUUCCAGAUUCCACCCCAGGGCAAAGCCAACCUGGGCCACAAAGACAACUGCGAUGCAGGUAGAACUGAGCCCCUCGCCAGCUCCACCGCGAAGGCCUCCCCGCUGGGGCUAGCAGCUCCUCCCCUGCCAGCCACGGCACCCAAGGAUUUGAACAAGACAGGGCCAUCUCUUCAGAGCCUCCAGAAAUUCGUUCCUACCGACUAUGCCAGCUACACACAGGAGCACUAUUGCUUUGCUGGGAGGAAGAUCGUUAUGCAGGAAUGCAUCGAGAGCUAUGGAGCGGUGGUGUGGCCGGGGGCUAUGGCUCUGUGCCAGUAUCUAGAGGAACACACAGAAGAACUGAAGCUCCGAGAUGCUAAAAUACUUGAAAUUGGUGCUGGACCAGGCCUGGUUUCCAUUGUGGCCAGUAUUUUAGGAGCUCAAGUCACAGCGACAGAUCUGCCUGAUGUGCUAGGAAACCUUCAGUACAAUCUUUUACGAAACACGCUGGCACACACGGCUCAUGUGCCCGAGGUGAGAGAACUGGUGUGGGGAGACGAGCUGGAGCAGAAGUUGCCCAAGUCGGACUUCUACUACGACUACGUGCUGGCCUCCGACGUGGUCUACCACCACUACUUCCUGGACAAGCUGCUGGCCACCAUGGUGCACCUCUGCCAGCCGGGCACCGUGCUGCUGUGGGCCAACAAGUUCCGAUUCAGCACCGACUAUGAAUUCUUAGACAAAUUCAAGCAAGUCUUUGAUACAACUCUCUUGGCUGAACAUCCAGAGUCAACAGUCAAACUGUUUCAGGGCAUACUAAAAUGGGACUAA